GUAUAUUCCCAUCUGCCAAACCAAAGGCUAAAACGAACAAUAACUCUAACUAAAAAAAAAAAAACAUUCCAACACACAUUCGACGAAACAAAGGCGCCUUGAAACAACAACACCUGCAUUGUGACAAUGAAGGCCCACUUCGUCCACCUGUCGGUGGUGUCGACCCUCCUGGGCGUCGCCCUCGGAGCCGCCAUCCCAAACAACGACGGGUUCCCGGCCCCCAGCGACCAGCAGAAGCUCGGCAUCGCGGUGCAGGCCGGCGGCUUGCUCCCCAAUAGCCCGCCGCCGACCUCGCUCGGCGCCGGCAGCGCCACCGCGUUCCAGCUCAUCGCCUUCAACGAGCUGUUCGAGACGGCCUACUUUAGCUCCCUCGUGCACAACAUCUCCGCCGGCGUGGACGGCUACCGGGCUGAGAACAAGGACGAGUUGGUCAAGAUCUUUUCCACCGUGCUGGCUCAAGAAGAGCAACACGCUCUAGCAGCCGUCUCGACCCUCAAGGGCGCGGGCGUCUUCGCCCCCUCCCCCUGCCAGUACCAGUUCCCCGUGUCCAACCUCAAGGACGCCGUCAACCUCGCCGAGACCUUCACCGCCGUGGUCCUCGGCGCGCUGCAGGGCGCCAACGUGCUCUUCGCCAAGGACGGCGCCACGGCUCCCAUCCAGACCGUCUCGUCCGUCAUCGGCCAGGAGGGCGAGCAAAACGGCUUCUACCGCGUCUUCCUCGACAAGGUGCCCUCCGAGUCGCCCUUCCUCACCGCCGUGCCCGCCCCCUUUGCCUGGUCCGCGCUGCAAAUGUUCGUCAUCCCCGGGUCGUGCCCCUUCCCGCUCGGCAACAUCAACCUGCCCAUCUUCCCGCCCCUCAUGACCAACGGCGCCGCCGUCGCGGCCAUCGAGCCGCGGGACCAGGACCUCUCCUUUGCCGCCGACCUGUCUGCUUCGGGGGUCGCCAAGGAGUACAUCGGCCGUGACGGCAGCAGCCUGUUCCUGACCUACACGACGGGUCAGCAGCUGCCCAUCUCCGUGCCGCUCAAGCACGUGUCGUGGAGCGGGAGCAAGAUCAGCUUCUCCGCCGAGUUCCCCUUCUCCAAGCACGUCAUGCAGGGGUUUAGCCACGCCGCGCUCACGACGAAGAACAGCUUCGAGAGUGCCGAUGCGGUCGCUGAGGCAGCGCUCGCGGGGCCUGGUAUCAUUCAGGUGAACAAUGCGCUUUGACGCGGUGGUGGUGGCGAGUCAUUUGAGCUGGGAAUGAUGAAUCAUUUGCAUUGAUACAAGAGGGCUCAGAGGCAACUCCAUCUGAUAUAGGUACACAAACGUAACUUAGGGAUUGUUCAUAAUGCACCACGAACCAAAAUCAUCUUUAGACUGUAAUUAAGAC